UGCAGACGUGCUUACGAAUAUGGAUAGGGUAUACUUUAAGAUCAAUGGGAAGAAAUAUAGUGCUGGUGGUGAAUUCUCCGUGGACACGACACUGAACGAAUUCAUCCGACGCCAUGCGGAUCAGCGCGGAACCAAGUACAUGUGUUUGGAAGGUGGGUGCGGCGCUUGCGUCGUUAGCGUUCGCAUACCAGGGGCUGGUGGCGAUGAAGAUAGCACCUUUUCUGUCAAUUCGUGCCUUGUGGCGAUCAUGUCUUGUGACAACUGGGACAUUACGACGAUAGAGGGCAUCGGUGACAGGAAAGUCGGCUACAACAUCAUACAAAGGCGCCUGAACCACUUUUUUGGAUCGCAGUGUGGAUAUUGUAGUCCGGGAUUCUUAAUGAGUUUUUAUAGUUUAUUACAUUCAAGUGAUGGACACUUAACAGAAAAAGACAUUGAGAACUCAUUCGGAAGCAAUUUAUGUCGAUGCACUGGCUAUCGACCAAUAUUGGAAGCUUUCAAAUCUCUAGCCGUUGAUGCUAAUCCGAAAGUACUCCAGAAAAUCAAGGAUAUAGAAGAUAUUGACCAACAAAUUUGUCCAAAAUCGGGAAAGAACUGCAGAGAUUCAUGUUCUGAUAAGGAACUCCAAGAGUGGUGUUUAGUCAAUAAGAACAGCAAAAAUAUACUAUCUGUUCCUAAACAAAUGACACUAGCUGAUGGAAGGUUAUGGUUUUCAGCAAAUAACAUUGCUGAAAUAUUUGAAACUUUAGACAAAGUUGGCUACGAUUCGUACAUGCUAGUAGCAGGAAAUACAUCUAAAGGAGUGAGACCUAUAAUUUCAUAUCCAAAAGUGCUCAUAGAUAUCAGCAAUAUAAAACAACUACAGUCGCAUUAUUUGGACGUGAACCUGGUGCUCGGUGCCAAUAUGACCCUUACUGAAACAAUGUUGUUGUUCAAAGAGUUGGCUGAGAGUAACGAAGAUUUUUGGUACUUGCAAGUGUUGUAUAACCACCUCGACCGAGUCGCUCACAUUCCAGUCAGAAACAUUGGAACAUUGGCUGGGAAUUUGGUUUUAAAAAAUAAUCAUCCAGAUUUCCAGUCGGAUAUAUUUUUAUUACUUGACUGCGCAGGCGCAAUGGUCACAUUGGGUAAGUGGAUUUCAAUAUGA